AAAUUGGUUAUGUCUUAUGAAACAGCCUCUUCAGGCGAGGAUGAAGACUUGAGUGAUAACUAUAGCGAUGAGAAACAAGGUCUCAUUGAUAAGACUAAUGAGUGUGGCGUUCCAUUGUUCUAUGUUGACACGAAAGUAAGCAUACAUAAUAAUAUUGCGGAAAUUGAGUUCCUUCAAUAUUACUUUAAUGAUAAGAAUGGCCCAAUACAGGCUGAGCAUGUCUUCCCAGUGCAUGCUAACUGUACCUUUACUUCUAUGAAGGCUUAUAUCGGAGAUGAAGUCUUACAAGCUGAGGUGAUGGAAACUGAAGAAGCUAAGAAAAUCUAUGUUAAUUCUGAGGAAGGAGGUUCAAUAGGAGUUAUAGCUUACCCAUUUCCGAGAACUCGUGAUAUCAUGGUUGUUCAGAUGGGGAAUUUACCUCCUAAUACUCUUGUAAUUCUCUCUUGUGUUUUCCACCAGGUGAUGGAAAUAGAAGAUCUUAGCUGGAGACUUCAUAUACCAAGUACGAUUCAUCCAAGAUACUUUGGUGAUCUCAAUAGUUAUAUACAUUCAGGGGCUAACUUGAAAGGGAUGGUCCAAAACAUGUAUCCUGAAGAUAGUCUUGAAAGGCAACAACAGCAUGUUGACAGAAUUGCAAGCUUGUACUCCACCAGUGAAUUCUUAUGGGGGAUUGAAGUUAUUAUUAAUUCCCCAUCUCCAGUCACAAGAGUCAUCAGUUCUUCACAUGAGAUUAACACCACUUUCUCAGAUGAAAAUAAUCAAGUUGCUAGAAUAAACCUUGAUUCUUCUGAUGCCAAUAGCUUUUUUGAAAGAGACUUCAAGCUUCUUUACAGAAACAGGGAGGUCAAUAGACCAAUAGCUGUGGCUCAAUGCAAAGGAAACAUCUAUGCCUUGAUGGUCUCAAUGCUUGCUGACUGCACUCCUGAGAUGGAAUGGGAUUCUGAAGCUAAAUACCAAGAAGUUGACAUGGAUCCAGACAUAAUGUAUAAGCAAAAAAUUGAAACUCAGAUAGAUCCACCUCAGUACACUUUCAUCAUUGACUGCAGUGGCUCAAUGUAUGGAAGUAAAAUGGCAUUGGCAAAGGAAGCUCUGGCUUUAUACAUAAACAGUUUACCUCCUCGAUGAGAGUUCAAUAUCCUUCGCUUUGGAGAUGACCAUGAGUUUUUGUUUGAAGAUUACCAAAUCUACUCUAACGAAAGUCUUCAAGAAGCUAUAGAGCUAAUAGAUGAAAUUGAAGACGAUAUGGGAGGAACUGAACUCUUCAGCUGCUUCAAGAGUUUAUUUGAGAAUGGAGAUGCUAAUAGAUCAGUCCAAAAUCGCGUCAUCCUCCUCACUGAUGGCUCUGUUUAUAACCCCGACCCAAUUUAUGAAUUAAUUCGAGAAAAUUCUGAGAAUUAUUCCUUAGAUGCAUUUGGAAUAGGGUCAGGUGCGAGUACAGAUCUUAUUAUUAAUUGAGCCAAGGCAGGAAAUGGGAAACAUUACAUGAUCGAUGAUUCUUGAGAUGGUCUUAAGAAGGACAUCAUCAACUGUCUCUCAAGCUCAUUCUCUGAGAAAAUAACAGUUAUGAGAAAAGACUUUGCUGCUGGAGGAAAGAAACUCUACGAGUAUCCAAAAUUCGUUGAUAUUGAGUGCUCAAUGGCUCAUGGGAGCUACUUCACAUACUACUGCAUUAUCGACACUCGUGGAAAAGGCUUCAAAGGAAGCAUCUCCUUUGACGUCCAAGAGAAAAAGAAUGGAGAAGAGGACGAUCACUUAAUCGACCUCAAAAAUGAUGUUAAAAUUAUUGAUGGAGAUUUCAUCUUCAAAAUGUUCUGUGAUAGCUAUAUUAAAGAUAGUAACAAGUUGGAGCUUGGAAAGGAUAAAAUCAUUGAAAUGUCUCUAAAAUAUCAGACAGCCAGUGAUUACACCUGCUUAGUCAUUAUAGGCUCUGAUAAUAAGCCAAAACAGGUCGUACCAGAGACAGCAAGACCAGAGGAAGUAAAGACUAAUGUUGGAAAUAUAAACGUUCCUGAAAACCAAAAGCCAAUUAUUGUCUUUGUGAAGACAGGAGAAGAGCAAAAAGAGCUGGCAAUUUACUGUUCAGAAGAAGCUUGAAUAAAUGAUUUAUAAAGAAUAAAGUAUGUGAUAUGCAAGGUAAACCUCGAGGUAGUCUACACUUGAUCUACAAAGGCGGAAAAGUAGAUUAUGGAAAAUCUCUGUCAGAAUAUAUGAUCAGAAAUGCAAGUAUAAUUUAUGCAGUCCCAGCAAGGAAAGCGAACGAAGUCCCUAUAAUCUUCCACAAAUCAAAAUCAGAGAUCUCUUUCGAAGAACUAGUCAAAUUUCAGAACUUUGAUGGUUCAUGGGGCUACAUUCUUGAAUUUUUGGCUACUCUUGAUGAAAAUACUUUGAAGUCAAAAUUACAAACUCAGAUCCGCGAGACUCUAGAAGAUUCUAAAAUAGAGUCAAUCUGGUACACUUGGCUUGCUCUCAGCAUUCUCAAGGCUCACUUCUCUCAUUAUGGACAAGAACUAGAAUUGAUUACCAAGAAAGGCAAGGACUAUAUCUACAAUACCACUAAAGGAAAGGCAACCUUUGAAGAUCUCAAAUGUAUGAUCUGCUGGUACUAGUUCUUCCCUAUUCAGAUCUAAACGAAAUUCAAUA